GUCAAUAUUUCUGUUUCCAUUUUAUUUCCACAGCUGCAGUACUUCAGAAAAGCAGAGACGAUUUACUGCAGUAUUUCUGCUAUCUGAUUCUGGAUCCCAACAUGGUACAUCGUCGACUCAUUCUGUCUGAGAAGAACAGAGUGGUGAAGCGCAACAGGACAGAACAGCCAUACCCUGAUCAUCCAGAGAGAUUUGACUCCUGGACUCAGGUGUUGUGUAAGGAGAGUGUGUGUGGACGCUGUUACUGGGAGGUGGAGUGGAGCGGUGAUGUGUCCAUAUCAGUUUCCUAUAAAGGGAUCAGCAGGAAAGGAGGGGCAAAUGAGUGUUUGUUUGGGUACAACAGUCAGUCCUGGAGUCUGCAGUGUUCCCCUUCCUCUGUCGCUUUCUGGCACAACAAAAUUAAGACUGAGCUCCGAGGUCCAGCAUCCUCCAGAAUAGGAGUGUAUGUGGAUCACAGUGCAGGUACAACUCUGUCCUUCUACAGCAUCUCUGACAUGAUGAGGCUCCUCCACAGAGUCCACACCACAUUCUCUCACCCUCAUCCUCUAUACGCUGGGUUCUGUGUAGGUAAUAACUCAAUUCUGAGGUUAUGUGACUUGAAAUGAAAUGUUAGUAAAGGGUUAGUAAAAACUAAAAGAAAGGUGUCAGAUUUAAUUUCAACCUGAGCUACAAUGCCACUUUUGUGUGUACAAACUGUAACAUUAAUACUUAUUAUUAUUAUUUUCUAACUGCAUCUUUUCUAUAGAUUAAAAAAU